CCUCGCCGACCGAUACCAGCCCCUCGCCGACCGACACCAGCCCCUCGACUGUCCUUACAAACCGGAACGAGCAGAAACGCAAAUCGGGUAACAGAUGAGUAUAGUGAAGGUAAAAAAGGGUUCAAAUGUAAGCAUUGCAAGAAAUCUCUCCCAAACAGACGCCAGUUGUAUUUACAUAGACAGCUGGUACAUGGACAACAUGGAGGAUCAGCAGCGCUACAGCCAGCACCAUGGGGAGAUGAGCGCCCACCUUGGUUAGACGGACACGACAUGGAGCUGGAACGAGUUUAUCGUGCCAAUGAACGUUUCAUUUUAGUCCCCGACAACCCCGACAGCGUUCGUGCAACAUUCAACGUUCCGUUGAACGACAAUCCCGACCUAUCCCAGAUACUAGAGAGGGUACGGCAGAUUUAUAGUCAACAGGAGCACGCUUUCCGUAUCAACUUUAUGUUUGGAUUAGUUCUACGACACACGGAGACAAACGACCUCAGGUACUUCAUUCCCGACCAAAACGAAACUCUAUUUCCUCAACCCAUUCUCAUCAACGACGGACGCGACAUCGACGGAAAACUGCGACGGAGACUGGACGGACUUGAUCUCGGAGAGCACCUCAGACAAUUCAGACCUGACAGUAAGUGGAAGCUGUAUUUCAUUACAAAUAUGAAGAUUGUGAUAUACAAAUCCAACUAUCUGUUAGGGGCAGGUGUUGAGGAGCUCCCGGACUAUGUACAUAACAACCCCAAUAUUUGUAGCCUGACUAAAAAUUCCAACGGACGACCAUACAAUGACAACCUCUGUGCCUUUAGAUGUUUGGCGUUAUUUCGAGGACAGCGGACACAACUGGAACGAACGACAAAGUCCCUGUAUCGACAAUGGGCAACAUACAUAUCAGAGAGAGAGAUUGGGGAUCUUACUCACGUGACACCAGAGUCAUACGCCGGCGUCAACUUUUCAGAGAUGGACGACUUCGAGAAAUGUUUUGAGACGAACAUAAACAUAUACACAUUGGACAAGGACGGAACCGCGACACCAGUACGGCGAACCAUGUCAAGGUAUGGAAAUACGAUGUACGUUAAUUUGUUUGGGCAUCACCUGUCGUACAUAAGCAACGCAAAAGCCUAUGCUAAAAAAUACCAGUGUCGCAACUGUGAGCGAUUUUUUACUACAGCAUGGCAAUGUGUUCGACACGAGAAGUCCUGUGACAAGCAGACGUCAUCUAAGUAUCCUGGGGGAUUCCACUCUUCACGAACAACCAUUUUUGAUCAGCUUGACGAAUUUGGUAUCGUGGUACCCCAGGAGGAUCGUUUCUACCCAUGGUUCGCUGUAUAUGACUUUGAAGCUCUACUUCAACAGACAGACGAAACCGACUCGGGUAAACUCCAAUGGACAAUGGAGCACGUACCAAUUUCAGUUAGUGUGUGCAGCAACGUAUUGGGGUUUGAGGAAGCAGUAUGUUUAGCCAAUCCGGAUACAGGGGAACUGGUAUUUGACAUGAUCGAACGGCUGGAAAAAAUUCAGGAAACAGCACAAGCCUUAGCCACCGAGAAAUGGAAAUACGUUUUUGAAGAAAUAGACGAGCAGCUUAACCAGUGGAAUGAAUACGACGGACUGGCCGGCAAGAUGAUGUUGAACGCGUUCACCAAGUUGAAAAAGUCCAUGGAGCAGUACUGUAGUCAACUGAUUGUGCUAGGCUUCAACUCCGCGCGCUACGACCUAAAUCUCAUCAAAAAACAUAUCGCGAAACAUCUACGAAUGGACGAGAAGGAAACAGCCGGUUUCACGGUAAAAAAGCAAAAUAGCUACCUAUGUAUAAGCAAUGCCCUACUAAAAGUUUUGGAUAUUUCUCAAUUUCUGUCUCCAGGUACAUCCUAUUCAAAAUUUCUGAAAGCGUACGACGUGCACGAGACCAAGGGAUUCUUUCCUUACGAGUACUUGACGACGACGACUGACAAACUGGACGAAACAGCCCUACCACCGCAUUCGGAAUUUUACAGUAAACUGAAAGGAAAAAACAUCAGUGAAGAGGAAUAUGCCUAUUGCCAACGUAUCUGGGAGGAGGAAAAGAUGCAAACCCUGCAAGAUUUCUUGGUAUGGUAUAAUAAUUUAGACGUAGGUCCAUUUGUAAAAGCCGUAGAAAAACUACAACACUUUUAUUUUGACAGGAAAAUCGACAUUUUUAAGGUGGCAAUGUCAGUUCCAGGCGUGGCGAGACAAAUGCUGUUCCGAGCAAGUCGUGAUGCUGGUGCUAGUUUUUCGCUGUUUGGAGAGUCGGAUAAAGAUCUUUAUAGCACCAUAAAGAAUAACGUGGUAGGUGGCCCCUCCAUUAUCUUUAACCGAUACUCAGCAGCUGGAGAAACCUGCAUCAGGAACAAACCCGACAAGCCAUGCGGAAGGGUAUUGGGGUACGAUGCCAACGCUCUUUAUCUAUGGGCGCUGGAUCAACCUAUGCCUACCAGCACAUUUGUUCGUCGAAGAAGGGAGAACAAUUUUCAUCCUGAAGCCCGAGACAGAUACAUGUCAGCUUAUUAUUGGAUGGACUGGCUGACACGGACGACUGGACGGAGAAUUGACCAUAAACUGAACUGUGGCAACGAAAAACGCAUAGGAGCCUUCCCUGUAGAUGGAUACUGCACAGAGACUAACACAGUGUUCCAGUUUCAGGGAUGUUACCACCAUGGACAUGAAUGUCAUUUGACGAGACAUGUAAAGGACCGGGAAGGACAAAGAAAAAAAUUCGAAAAGACGACAAACACCACCACAUUUUUGUUAGAAAAGGGAUUCACCGUGACGGAGAUAUGGGAAUGUCAAUACCGCAAUCUGGUUAGAGACUGCGAAGGCCUUAGGGAACUAAUAAACGAAAGAAAACCAAAAUUCUUUCGAUCCCAUAAAGGUAACUUUAUAGCCCGGUGA